GCGUCUCUUCGUGAUUCAGACUUCAGACUCAGUUCUGCCUCUUUCCGUUUGUCGCUCGGAUGUCCAACGUUAGUCCCACUAACUGAUAGACUCUACGUCGAUUUUUCGUUUUUGCUGAAACUCCAAGAGUGUCGAACAAUGUCGUUCCUCACGGUGAUAUCGUUGCUGUCGGCAAUCAGCAUGAUUUCGGCGCAAUGUCUAACAGGAGAUGACGUCCCCACGGCGAUGAACCCAAUGUCGAGGGUGUUGCUGACAGACGCCCGCUUUGGCUUCGCACUCGACAGUCUGAAAAAGACCGCGCUGAUCGAGUCGAAGGACAACAUCUUCUUCAGCCCGCACAGCAUAAACCAGGCUCUGAACUUGGCGUACUUCGGCGCUCGCGGUACCACCGAGGAGUCCCUCAAGCGGGCCCUCCGCAUUCCGAAUGAGCUCUCGAAAGUCGACGUGCAACGCUACUACGCCAUCGAGAGAUCGCUCAAUCAAAUGCGUUCCCAGAUGAAUGGAUCUGCAGAUUCCUACGAUUACAGAAUCGCCAACAGAUUUUGGAUUACGAACGACAGAAAGCUGCGCGAAUGUAUGCUCGAUUUAUUCGGCGAUGAGCUACAAGUGACUGAUUUCCGUACAAAUCCUGCCGAGGUGAGAGAUCAGAUCAAUAACUGGGUCAGCAAUAUGACGAAAGGACACAUUCGCGAUCUCCUGCCGCCGAACAGCAUUGGCGAGGACACUGACCUGGUUCUGGCAAACGCGGUUUACUUUAAGGGCCUGUGGGCCCAUCGUUUCGACCCGAAGAACUCCAAACGCGAUAUUUUCUACGCUUCCGGCACGCAAAACUCUUUCACCACUUUCAUGCGUCAGAAGGGAAAUUUCAAUUACGCUGUCUCUGAUAAUUUAAGAGCAUACAUCUUGGAAUUACCUUAUAAAGGUAACGAGAUAUCGAUGUUCGUGAUUCUCCCGCCGUUCUCCACCGCGCGAUCUGUCCAAAAUCCUUCCAACGAGCCCCAGGACGGAAUCCGUCAGCUGGUAGAACGUUUGGCGACGGAGAAAGGAUCCCGGGAGCUACGCGAAUUGCUGGACGACGGGUUACCGCCACGCGAGGUCGAGGUCAGCCUGCCGCGUUUCGAGCUCGAGCGAGAGCUGCCGAUCGGACAGCUGUUGCACGCUCUAGGCGCCGGUGAACUGUUAGCACCCGACGUGGCCGAUCUGCGCGGCUUUGUCGCGGACGGCGAGCGAAGCCUGCAUCUCGGUGAUGCGGUGCACCGAGCUCGUAUCGAGGUCACGGAAGAAGGCACCACCGCGGCUGCGGCCACCGCGAUCUUCACCUUCCGCUCCAGCCGACCGACCGAACCUGCCAUCUUCAAUGCCAAUCAUCCGUUCGUCUACCUGAUCUACAACAAGGCUGAGCACACCAUCGUUUUCACCGGUGUCUUUCGUUCACCUGGCGUAACCCAGCAAACAUAUUCCCUAACUCCCGGCGCUGUUUAAAUAGGACGUGUGCCGUUUAGAAGAAACUCAUCCUUAAAACGAUAGUUGAGCAAUGGAGUCUGAUGUUAUGACAAAAAUCGAUAAAUUCGUUUCUUUACUCCCCUUGGUCAGUUGACACCAUCCUUGAGAGGAUCAGUAGUUUCUCGUGUGGCACUGAACAAUUUUGUUGAUGAGUGAUCAGGGAUAAUUGAUCCUUUAUAUCCUACAAAGCUGACUUUAAAUCCUGACGUCGCUGAUCUCUUCGAAGUCUGCGUAUUUUCGAAGGGUCGGAGAAAGAGCAUUCUUCGACAAUUUUUUUGUAGGAAGUCUGUUGCAUGAAUCUCAUUAAUUUAUUCUUAUAUUAAGAUUUUAUACUUUACGCCGGCUCUUUCUUAUUUUUAAAGUUAGACGAAGACGAGUGUAAAACAAAACAAAAGUUUACACGUAAAGGCGCUAACGUUUUUGAUGAUGUAUAGAUAAUAAAUUUUGAUGAUGUAUAGAUAAUAAAUUUUGAUGAAGGGUGAUCUCGCCGAGUGACUGAAACAGCUGUUCAAUAGAUAUUUAUUUCCUCCUUCAAAUGUGCAAAUUAAAUUAUUCUUUAAUGUGUUGGAAGAAAAAAUUAAAAAUUGUAAAAAUAUAUUAAGCGGA